AUAGAAACUUUGAAGGGAGCCAAGUUAGCACAUGACAAAUUACUGAAUAUCCCCUUCUCCUGGAGGGAAAAAAAAAAAAACCCUUCAUUUCUGAAAUGAGAAAGGGAAUUGCUGGUACCAAAAUUCACAUUUCCUUUCUGGUGGAAAUUCUCCAGCCAAGCUUGGCGCUAACGGAGUAGGCGAUUUCACUUCAUCGUCACCUCACAAAAGACUUCCAAAUUCACUGCGGCAGACACCGCAAAAUAAAAAUGUUAAGUACAUCCUAGCUGGGAGGGGAUUGAAGCCUCCAGGCUCAAUCAAAGGUUUGCAAUAAUAGGAUUCAUUUUAAAAAAAAGGACAGAUGGGUUUAGAAAAUGUUGCAGUGAAGACUGGAACGAGAUGAGCUCACAGCACCAGCCUGUCUUUUGUGGACCUGCACAAUGAUCCCUGAGCCAGACUGGAUUAGCAUGCCUCACGACUAGGGGUCCAGAGACAGAGGCCUCCGGUUCCCAGGCACUUAGGGAAGAGGAGGCUGAAACGAUGCAUCAGAUUUACAGCUGCAGUGACGAGAACAUAGAAGUUUUUACCACCGUGAUUCCUUCUAAGGUAUCCAGUCCAGCCAGAAGAAGAGCGAAAAGCUCUCAACACCUCUUGACCAAGAAUGUGGUAACUGAGUCAGACUUGUACACGCACCAGCCCCUGGAGCUACUGCCCCACCGCGGAGACCGCAGGGACCCGGGCGACGGCCGCAGGUUCGGGCGGCUCCAGACCGGGAGGCCGCCCACAGCCCACCCAGCUAAAGUCCUUGCCAGACCCGUGGGGAUUUCUGAACCCAAAGCAUCAAGUCUGUGUGGGAAUCGAGCAUAUGGAAAAUCUCUGAUUCCACCAGUGCCCCGGAUCUCAGUGAAAACUCCGGCCUCUGCCUCAUUGGAGGUGACAGCCAUGGGCACAGAGAAGGGAGCUGUUCUGAUGAGAGGCUCCAGACAUCUCAAGAAGAUGACAGAAGAGUAUCCAACCCUUCCCCAAGGAGCAGAAGCCUCUCUACCACUGACAGGCAGCGCUUCCUGCGGUGUCUCCGGAAUCCUCCGGAAAAUGUGGACAAGGCACAAGAAGAAGUCUGAAUAUGUGGGAGCCACCAACAGCGCCUUUGAGGCCGACUAAAGGUGACCCUCUUCAGGUGCCCUGCUUUGGCCAAGGUUCCCUGGACAAGAGGAGAAAACUUCAGGAUUGGAACUGAGCCACUGUACCUCUGCUAGUAGCUGGUCUAAACCCAUUAUCCUCCCUCACUCAUUGAUCACCCUGGCAUAGGGCACAGGAAAGAAAUAUCUGUCCCUUCUUAGAAUUGCUAAAGCCAUUGGUCUGAAAGUGACUUAGGGAGGUCAUAAAGUUUGUAUCUCUGUGUUUAAGCAACAAAUUAAACUUUCCAGCCCAUGUUAAAGACCUCCAAGGAAGGAAAAACGUGAUUCCUCUGUCUUCCUUGCGAGUUGUCCUAAAGCGUGUGACUUUCUAGUGUAAACUGACUUCGAGGCAUCUUGUAAACAAUGGUUCUUACUGUUUCCAUUACUGCAUUUACUUCACCUUGACAAGGUACAAUUUUUAAAGGUAAAGCACUAUAUAUUAAGUUAGUAGUUCUAAUAUCCACUUGAGAGUAUACUCAAGAUUGAUUUUGAUGGCCAUUCGGCAUGAUUGCAUGAAUUCUCUAUUCUUUUAUGUGCAGUUUUUCCAUAGAAAAACAUUAAAAGUUAAAUGUUGAAUGCUAA